AUCUUGUGGUCUUGCCAGAAGAGUUGAAGUCGGAGUUGGUCUCUCAGAGACUGUACGACUGUCAAAGGGAGAACAGGUCGCUGAAAGGAAACCAUUACUGCUGCUGCUGCUGGUGGAGGGCUGUGUUCAUCGCUCCUAGAGACAUUUAAUCAUGAAAGGAUACAGCAGCUAAAACUUUAGUUCUAGCAGUGGGAACAAGAAAAGCUUGGGCCGAGUCACAAAGGAGAAGGCAAAGUUUUCAAGGAACUGGGACUCUGUUGCAAUCAGAGCAGAUGGGCGAGACGGAGGACGAGCGGACGGCUCAGGCCAGCCAGCUCUUUGAGAACUUUGUCCAGGCGUCCACAUGUAAAGGAACCCUGCAGGCCUUCAGCAUCCUCUGCAGACAGCUGGAGCUGGAUCCUUUGGACCACAGCAACUUCUUCAGCUCCUUGAAGGCAGCAGUCAGCUCCUGGAAAGUCAAGGCCUUGUGGACAAAAUUAGACAAACGGGCACAGCAGAAAGUGUACAACCAGAAUAAAGCCUGCCAAGGAACAAGGUGUCUGAUCAUCGGCGGCGGCCCCUGCGGGCUGCGAACGGCCAUCGAGUUGGCCCUGCUCGGCUGCAAAGUGGUGGUGAUCGAGAAGAGGGACACCUUCUCCAGGAACAACGUGCUCCACCUCUGGCCCUACACCAUUCAUGACCUCAGGGCUCUCGGGGCCAAAAAGUUCUAUGGAAAGUUCUGCGCCGGCGCCAUCGACCACAUCAGUAUCCGCCAGCUGCAGCUGAUGCUGCUGAAGGUGAGCCUGAUGCUGGGAGUGGAGAUUCACGUCAAUGUGGAGUUUGUAAAACUUCUGGAGCCUCCGGAGCAGCAAACGGAAGAUGGUCCUGGUUGGCGAGCAGAACUCCGGCCCUCCGAUCAUCCAGUCUCUGACUUUGACUUUGACGUGGUGAUUGGUGCAGACGGUCGCCGAAGCACAUUAGAUGGUUUCAGUCGCAAGGAGUUCAGAGGAAAGUUGGCAAUCGCUAUAACAGCCAACUUCGUCAACAGGAACACCACAGCAGAAGCUAAAGUUGAGGAAAUCAGUGGCGUCGCCUUCAUCUUUAACCAGAAAUUUUUUCUGGAACUUAGAGAGGAGACAGGAAUUGAUUUGGAAAACAUUGUUUACUACAAAGACAACACCCACUACUUUGUGAUGACUGCAAAGAAGCAGAGCCUGCUGGACAAAGGGGUCAUCAUAAAUGACUACAUAGAAACAGAGCGACUGCUGAACUCUGACAACGUUAACCAGGAAGCAUUGCUGUCGUACGCUCGUGAGGCUGCAGACUUUGGCACCAACUACCAGCUGCCAUCACUGGACUACGCCAUCAAUCACUAUGGGCAGCCAGACGUAGCCAUGUUUGACUUCACAUGCAUGUACGCAUCAGAGAAUGCCGCCCUGAUAAGAGAGAAACAUGGACAUGAGCUACUGGUUGCACUGGUGGGAGACAGUCUUCUCGAGCCCUUCUGGCCAAUGGGUACUGGUUGUGCUAGAGGCUUUCUAGCUGCUUUCGACACUGCUUGGAUGGUGAGGGGCUGGGCACAGGGAAAGAGCUCUUUGGAGAUACUGGCAGAGAGGGAGAGCAUUUACCGUCUGCUUCCUCAGACCACACCGGAAAACAUCAGUAAAAACUUUGAUCAGUAUACAAUUGAUCCUGCUACCCGAUACCCGAACCUGAACUCCAGCUGUGUACGUCCUCACCAGGUGCGUCACUUAUUCAUUGAUGGUCAUUCGGGUCUGGUUGAAAAAGGAGGGCUGUCACAAAGACCAGUUAACCUCUCUAGAAAAGAAUCUGAGGUGCGACCUAGUCGACUCCUAACCUGGUGUCAGAAUCAAACUCAGGGAUACAGGGGAGUGGAUGUCACCAACCUCACAUCAUCCUGGAGGAACGGUCUGGCCCUGUGCGCCCUCAUUCACCGGCAGAGGCCUGAACUCAUUGACUUUGACUCCCUGAACGAGGAGGAUGUGGCGAGGAACAACCAGCUGGCGUUUGAUGUGGCUGAGCGCGAGUUCGGCAUCCAGCCGGUGACUACAGGAAGGGAGAUGGCUGGCAGAGCUGAACCAGACAAGCUGCUGAUGGUCCUCUACCUCUCCAAGUUCUUUGAGGCCUUCAGGAAGUCAUCGCUGAACAACAAUGUCCCCAAGGAUCCAGAUGAAAAUGGUGAAGAACAUCCACCUAAAUCCAACCACAAGGUGCUGAACCUGCCUCUGCCCAGGAAGAGGAUACCCAGGGAUGAGAAGAAAGCAGAGGACGACUCUGUUAACAAACGGAGACGGAAAGGAAGCGGCUACCUCACAGAGUUGUCCUGCCAUAGUGCGCCACCUGCCGGUGACGAUGGAGAGCUGCGGGAGAACAAGGUCCGCUCCAUGGCAACUCAGCUGCUGGCCAAAUUUGAGGAGAACUCCUCAAUAGCAAAGGUGCACACCAAGUCCAAGGACCCAUCUUCUCCUCCCUUUUCUCCUCCUUUGUCUCCUUCCACCACCUUUCCAUCUUCAGAUGAGGAGGAAGAGGAGGAGGAAGAAAACCCCCGUUUUGCUAAACCCAAAUAUAUCCAACCUCUUUCUCCUCUUCCUCCAUCUCGUCCCAAAUGGCAGGUAUUGCCUCGUAUCUCCCUGUAUUUAAAAAGAAAAGGGUUCAUUCUGUGUGAACUCAUCCUCUCCUCAUCCUCCUGUUUCCAGCCUUCAAUCUACCUUCGGUUGCUGGAGAAUCCCAGUUCUGUUUCUCAGCAGACCAGUUUCCUCUCUUCUAAUUUAUAUUUUGAUCAGAGCAGCCAAAGUCGUUCUCCAUCGCCCUCGCACUUUCAGAGCCCUGUAAGUGUUUCUGGCUCUGAACUUUGUCACACAGAAAACUCCCCAAACCGUCCUACCCGUGUGUCUGAUCUGUCCGCUUCGGACUCUGAUCCGUCAUGUGAUGCACCUGAGCAGAAGACUAAAAAUCAGAGGUUGUCGACUAGAGAAUUUUCACGCAGGAGUAUAAAAGAGAGAGCUGUCCUCCUGUCCACCAUGUUUCAUGGGUCCAACAAACCACCUGCUCCUCCGUCUGUUUCACAGGUGGAGUCAUCUACCUCCUCCUCUCCUUCCACACCAUCGCCUCCUCCUCCUCCUCUGACUCUAUCUAAAAGCUCCACCAUGUUCCCUGUGGUCCACCCUGUUCCUGAUCCUGUCGCUCAGACCUGUUUCACCUCUGAACCUAAAGUGACCUCCUCUCCUCUGUCCUGCUCUGAAUCUGAACAAACUGAGCAAAACUCUUCUUCUCGUCCUGAUACAUUCACAUCCAGCAACAAAACAUGUUCUUCUGCGUCUUCGUCUUGCGUCAGUAGAAAUUUCGAGAGGACGAAAAGGGUGGAAAAUGAGCAGCAGAGUUUAAAACAAGCUGAGAAGGAUCCCACUAAGUGCACUGCAGCCUGUGAGGGAGAGCGCACCAGAAGAAGUAAUCCAAAAUCAAUUGUUCGCUCUGAGAGCUGUCCCUCUGGAGCUCCUAGUUACAGUAAAGAGCGAGUAGUUGGAAAGGUAUCAUCAGCAAUAGAGGCUAAAGCUCAGAAACUGGCCGUCCUUUAUGAGACAGACCACAGGCCCAAUGCCGCACCGUGUGUGGUGCGUAAAGAUUUCCCUCCUGGACUCGGCGGCAGCGACAUCUGCCACUUCUGCUCCAAACGGGUAUACGUGAUGGAGAGGCUCAGUGCUGAAGGCUACUUCUUCCAUCGCGAGUGCUUCCGCUGCGACGUCUGUAACUGCACCCUCCGUCUGGGUGGACACACAUUUGAUUCACAGGAGAGAAAGUUUUAUUGCAAGAUUCACUAUGCCCAGCGUCAAUACAACACCAGCUGGGGCAGGUUCAGAAGAACGACGGAAAACCUAAGCCACCUGAAACCCUCGUCUGUGGACAGCGGGAUCAGUUCAGCCGCAUGCGCCGUCCAACCCGCAGGCGAGGCAUCCAGCAUGCAGUCAGAUCAGCUGAGAAAAGAUCUGAAACCAUUUCCUGAGGAUACAGAAAUGGGUGUUGAUGCUCUGGAGGCUUCCUGCAUCGUCGGACCUAAAAAGGGAGAAGGUGCCGGAGCCAGAAGCCAGGAUGGCCUCAAAGGUCACGCUAACACAAAACAUAAUAAUCGAUGGAAACGAAAGAUUCGAGCAACAUUCCCUCUGAUCUUCAUCAAGCACUUCCGCUCAAGACCAGAAACUGUUCCUGAAGUUGAUUCUGACUUUGAAGAAAUCACUUCAACUGAGACAUGCAGUGAGCCAAAACCAAAAGCAGAUACACAGACUCUGCCUGAGGAAAGUAAGAAGAGUGAUGAGCCACUAGCUGCAAAAAAAUCAGGUUCCAGCACAUCGGCUCCUCGGAGGCGGCUGCUGCUAUCCCAGCCUGAAAGAGAGAGGCUUCUGAACUGGGAAGAGGGUCUGAAUCCUGAAAACACUCCCAUUGACAGCAGCACGACAAACAUUUCUCAGCUUAAAAAUCAGGUGCAAGCAGAAGCAGAUAAGCCUCUGUCCAACUCGAGCCAGAUCAGAACAGCAAGUCGGAGCCAGAAGCCAGCAUCUUCUUCCUCUGCUUUCCAGGUCAUAGCUAACGCCGUCAGGAGGACCUUUAGUGGGAUCAGUGAACCCAGCAGCUCCAAGGCUGCUGUUGUAAUGAGACACAAACGUAAUGUUCUUCGUAAACAAAGGCCCAUGUCUGAAGGCGCAUCUGAUUUCGGCUCACUGUUCAGCCAUGAAGACUCUGGGUCAUCGGCAGCGGAGAGGAGAACGAGCAUGAGUGGUGUCCAGUGGGCUUCUGUGGGGACAGAUCCGUGGGGCGAGGGGCGAGACCUGCCGUCCUUAUUGCAGCAGGUGUCCCUAAAAAGUCGAAGGGACUCUGAAGGGCCACCGGACGAACUUUGCUCUCUGCCCCGUAAAAGGGUAGAUUUGUUUUCAUCUCUUAGGCUCAGGAAGAGGGGCCUAUCAGAGAGUGAAGGGAAGGAGCAGGAAGCUCAAAAGGAAAUUAAGACAUUUCUGUCCAACCUGAAAAACAAAACCUCUAGUGAACAGAGUUUGGAAGAACUGUCCUCAAGUGGGGAUGAAAAUGAGAACCUGACGUCCACCAACAAGCUGUCCUCAGACCGAUUAAAGGAAAAGCAAGAAAAGACUGCGGCCCAGCAGGCCAAACGAGAACAACUGAAGAGGCUUCAUCGAGCUCAGAUAAUCCAGAGACAGCUGGAGGAGGUGGAGGAGAAACAACGCGAUCUGGAGGAAAAAGGAGUGCGAAUAGAGAAGAUCAUCAGAGGAGAAGAUUCUCAUCAGACUGACGAGCGUGACGAAGCCCAGCUCUAUCAGGCCUGGUUUGAGCUCGUCCUGGAAAAGAAUUGGUUGGGGCGCUACGAGUCAGAACUCAUGAUCUUUGCCCAAGAUCUCGCGCUGGAAGACACACAAAGCCGGCUGCAACAAGAUCUAAGACGGCGAAUGUCAGUCGAAGAUACAAACAAAAGCGCCUCCGAGCUGCAAAAGGAGAUGGAGAUCCUGGCUGAAAUGAUGAGGACGGUAGAGAAACGGGAUAUGCUAGUCUCCAUAUUGGAGGAGCAGAGAUUGAAGGAGAGGGCGGAGGACAAGGACCUGGAAAGCCUGGUGCUGUCCAGGGGUUACGAGUUUCACUGGGCUUAAGGGAGCAACACUCGGGGGCAGGAGAAGCUUGAAUGAUUACUGGUUGUUGAUGAUGUUGAGCCAACCGUGUGAAUUUCUAGUUUGCAUCCACCCUUUUUUUACGGUUUAAAUCUGGCUGUGGCGUAGAUGCACAUAUUUUGACAGGUGAGGACGUUUUUUCAGCGUAAGAAAGCUUAAUUUCAUUUGGUUUUCUUACUGUGUGUAAUUUUGAGACUAAUAAGGAACAACAUUCAGCUUAAAACAACUUUGCCAAUGAGGUUGUUUUAUAUUUACCUAUAACUAUAUAUACAACAAACUCUGGAUGACUGCUUUAGGCUGCUUCCAGGCUUAACUAUAAAUGUAAAACUUCACUGGAGACCACAAGACUUGACACUUUAUUGAGAUUUUUAUACUUUGCACUGUGUAAAGAGUUAGAACAGAUGUUGAUUUCAGAAAUAUCUUGUGUACAAAUAAUCUUUUGUCACUUUGUGUGCUGCUGUGCAUCUGACUGUAAUUCCUUGUGAAAACGUGAUCCUGUUAUUUUCUUUUGUGCUUGGAAAAAAAGAAAAAACGGAAAAAAAAGAAAAGUAUUUACACCCUGACAAAGACACAAGAGACACGGCUUCUUCCUAAACCUCUGAGGCAAAGUCUCAGGGUGUGAAACCGAUACGCUCCUGGAUGAAACUGUCCUGUCAUCUUCUAAAUCAAAAUCCACCAGGCAAUUUUGUGGAAGGAGCUCGUGUGUCUUAAAUUUAGAUAUUCACCGUUUCCCGUUCUAUCAGUAGUUUUGUCCUACUGCGACUGCUUUUUGUUUGCCAAUGGCUUCAUCACACUCUUAGAGCUUCAGGUCUACAUACAUAUAGGAAUAUGAGUGAUAUGUUUACACUUUUAGUCCUGGAACAAGUCAUGACUCUGGCAUUUCAUUUUUUUGAGAAUAUUUUCCAUGUGCUGUGAAUUAAAUAAUUAAUCUAUAUUUCGUGUCUAAUUAAAGUUGUGUCAGGGUUCUUUGUUUUGUUUUGAGUGGGGCAAAUGGGUGACAUUUCUUCAAUAAAAAUACAGUUUGAAUACUGUUGAAAUGA